UGUUUACGACGCGACGCGUAUUUCAUUUCGGUAACUGAUUUUUGGGGUCGCAUUUUGGCGAAAUUGCCCGGUAAAGGCGACUCGAAGCGUUCGCUGACGAACGCUUUCGAGACGGUUCCAUAACCUGAGUAGCGCAGCCUUGGUGAAACUCAGGCGAAAAGCCUGACUAAGCUUGGCCGCCAUCGCCACGGAUACUCCCCCUGUAUUUAACCACCUCGGCCAACUAUUCAGAUCACAUUUCACUCUCCACUGUCCGCCACACUCGCCCCCACUUCUGUCACACGUAAACACCGAGCUCAGCUGGCGAACCGACACACAACCAAACUCAUUUUGGCGGCGUUAGACGUGCAAACAGGAACUUGUGAUAUAUAUCAGCCUUAAUUGUUGGUUUGUUAGGCAAUAUGAAAGUUUCUCAGCUGUUCACCUCACUCUCUAAUGCAUUUUUAUUGCUGAGUGCUCCAAUUGCGGACACGGAAUUGAAUCAACAGCAGGUAUAUCAAAUGAAUACGCGUGUUCGGACCUUAAUUCCCGUCCUGACGGAGCGUAGCGACUAUUUCUCUCAUUAUAAGAUCAAUUUGUAUGAUGAAGAUUGCCCUCUGUGGGACAAUAAUAAUGCUAUGUGCUCCAAUCGCGGUUGUGCCGUCGAUACACUGAACGAAACGGAGAUUCCAGAGGUUUGGCGCACACUCAGCGCGUUGGCUCCCUCUUCACAGUCAAAUUCGACGGCGUGUAUGUGGAAGCCCGAUUCUCGGAUGGAUUACUGCUACUGGGACGAUGAGGAUGACGGGACAAACAGCCAUUGUGUGUAUGUAUCGCUUGUAAAGAACCCAGAACGUUUUACCGGAUAUGCUGGUGAGCAUUCCAAUUUAAUCUGGAAGAGUAUUUAUGAGCAGAAUUGCUUCCCAGCAAGUGAGACAAAAGACGAUGCGGAAGCAUCAACCGAGAUUGGCACUUUGGACGUGAACUCCAUGGAUCCUUUCGCCGUUAAAAGCGUCGAGGAAGCUGCGGAAAUGCCCGGAGCAUGUUUGGAAAAGCGUAUGUUUAACCGUCUUAUCUCGGGUUUUCACGCCAGUAUAUCGACACAUGUGUGUCAGGAAUACUUCAACGCUGAAACGCAACGUUGGGAAUCUAAUCUCGACUUUUGGAUGGCGAAAGUUGGUUAUUUUCCAGAGCGUGUUGAAAACAUUUUUUUCAAUUACGCUGUUCUCCAUCAGGCUCUUGUCCGACUUUCUCACUUAAUUCACGAAUCUCCUAACAACACCUUCCUCUCUUUCUGCCCGGCGAAUGCCGCACUUGACGAAAAUACACGUCUUGCAUUCGACCAGCUUACUGGAAUUGUGGCUCAGGAUCCUCACGUUGUUUCUUUCGAGCAAUUAUUCAGCGAUGACUCUUCUCGUCGCGUGAAGGAAGAAUUCAGAAACCGCUUCCGCAACAUCUCCCGCAUUAUGAAUUGCGUUGGUUGCGACAAGUGCCGCCUGUGGGGUAAAGUCCAAACCGCUGGUUACGGUACGGCAUUGAAGCUGUUACUGGAGCCUGAAACGAAGCUGUCGGAUCUCCGUCCGGCUGAGGUUGUUGCCUUGGUGAAUACGUUUGGCCGUAUCUCUCGAUCCGUCGACUCCGUGUUCUCGUUUACCAUUCAGAAGAAGACGAAUGAUAUUUUGGCCUACUUGGAUUCUUUCCUGUCGUAUCUCCCCAUGCCUUUAAGUUCUCUUCUCCACGCAUCCCUUCCUCUCCUCCGCCUCCCGAUCCGUUGGACAAUCUUUUUUCUUAACCUUGUUCGUACCUUUUAAUUGGAGUCUCUUCAUAGGCGCGUUCGUUACUCUGAAAUGAGAUCCUGAGUUUGGAGUUAACAGAUUCAAAAAGGCAUAAAAAAACCACAAAAGAAGAAAACCUCGAACAAUUGCAUCACACUUAACCCGUUCAUACGGAUGCUAACUGUAUGGGGGAGGAAGGUAGUGUGAGGCAUUGCUGGUUCUUCUUGAAAGAAUGCGGAGUGACAUACUUUCUUUCUCGUAUUUGGUAUUCGUUAUUAUUGCCAGCAAUCCUGUUCAUCCUCGUGAUGAUUCUGCAUUUCCCUCCUUUUAAAUACCAAACAGACAUCUGUGGUUUUCAUCCAUACCACUUCCUACCUACCUGCUUUCAUCUUCCCGGUUCACAAAAAUCUUUUUGACUUGGACAUUGCUUUAUGAGCAUCAAAACUGUCCAUUCACUUUCUUUAUGUAGUUUUAUUUUUAUGUAUACAAACCAAUGUAAUAUUUUACCCUCUGUUACGACAAUGAUACUUUAAGGUUCAC